AUGGAGAAGCUGGACACUACCGAUGGACAGCUUUUCAUCAAGAACCUCGCCAGCUUUGUGCGAACCCAUGAAAAGGCGCUUGCGAAUGCUCUCCAGCUAAAGCGCCAACCCACCAAAAAUGGGCAAACUACACAGUCGGGCUCGUCUUCGGGCUCGACCUCUUCCACCCUCGCCUCAGCCUUGUCCUUCGGUGCCCUAAAGUUCACUUCGCAAAGUGUCAAGCCCGCGAAGCUUACCCUUACUCCUCAUCACCUCUUUUACCUCCUCUCCCGCUUCGAGGACAUCUCCAUUGCCGUGGGCCCAAUGAAUGUUAGACUGGAGAACAUACAUAACGACGUAUCGCAGUCCUACGUGUCGUUCCUGAGCAAGCCACAAAGGUCCAAGGGUGACAGAGACUCGAUUCACUCUGUGUCUAGUGUUCGUAGUGUCAUGUCUGGUAUGAGUUCGCUCUGGUCUUCAUUCGGGUUGGGGUCCAAAGACUCUUCCUCCAAAUCCGAAAGGGCCAAGGCUGCCUUAGAAGUGGAUAUCAAAUACCUAUACUCAGCCUUCACGAAGAUCCCCUGUCUACGUUUAGCCCCUGACCGCCGUGCCCGCCUGAUUCGUGGUUACGAAGAAUUUCCUUUUGACACAGCCGUUCCUCUUCACUCCUUCAAAAACUUGAGCGCGCUAGAAAUUAUUGAUAUAGACUACCGUUCGUUCUACGGCUGGGACCGACUCUCGGAACAAUUGCGAACCUUAACCUUGAAGAGGGCAAACAUUGAAGAUCCUGCGGAGUUGUUGACAGGCAUCGUGUUAGAUGACAUUGACAAACGCCGCCGCCGGUCGUCAAAACAUCAGAGUUCACCUGUGCUAGGAUGGAGUGGAAACACCAACGCCCAGCCAGUCGGUAGACAUGAACUCAGCGGCUCCCUCUCAGCUCCUGGAUCUCCAGUGGCGGACACCACACUUGGCUCCAGUACUAGCCCCCAGGCAGCAUCUAUGAUAAGACUGGCGUCCGAGGGGGCUAAACCACGUCCGCGAGCCGGAAGCCUCUCCCCUUCGCGCCCAGGCGGCUCGAAACAAUCUACAUACCGUCAUAGCAGAACUCAUUCUUCGCGAAUCCAGCGCACUGGAUCAGGAAGCUCUAAUUCAAGUGAAAACUCGGGCUAUCGUACUGGAAGUUCCUCAAAUCUGCUAGCCACCGCUCUCCCAUCAACCAAAUGGCGGUUCCUUCGCCAUCUAGGGCUCGCCGACAACUCUCUCACUUCUGUCUCUGAAGCCGGCUUAAUUCCGGUUGCCAACACUCUACACUCCCUGGAUCUGUCAACGAACCUCUUCACUGAGGUUCCCGACAGUCUAGCCUCGUUAAUAGCCUUGAGAGCUUUGAACCUCUCCAACUGCAUGAUAGAAUCUCUUCAUUCGCUGUCUCGCAACCCUCUGCCCGCCAUUACUGCUCUUAACCUGAGGGCAAAUCGUCUGCGCUCACUCGCAGGCAUCGAACGGCUGCUGUCUCUGGAACGGUUAGACCUCCGCGAUAACAAACUCUCCGACCCAACGGAAAUUGCGCGGUUGACAAGUCUCCCUGAAAUACGGGAGAUCUGGGUCUCGGGAAAUCCUUUCGUGAAGACACAUUCUAACUACCGAGUUGUCAUCUUCAACUUGUUCCGCCGUACUCCUGGUUACUCGGAAGAUAUCAUCAUUGAUGGAUCCGGUCCUGGGUAUAGCGAACGAAAACAGCUGGUCGAGAGAGCUGCGGAACCAGAUGUUAUUCCGGUCAUUCGGUCUACAGCCGCGGAUAACUCCACACUUAUCAGCAAGCCUUCCAUUCUCCCUGCGGCGGGGGGUCCAAUUACUCGGACUGGGCAAGAUGUAGACGUCACGCGGAUAGAACAUCUGGCCAACGAUAAUGGCGUAGGGUCCACCCGGAAGAAAAAGAGCCACCGGAGAAGAAUUGUUGAUCCCUCGGGGGCACUCUCCGUCAAUGGUGAUAGAGAUACAGGUGCGGUGGUACCUUCCGUUCUUCCCACUCAAGAUCUCCAGUUACCUGUUGAUCCGUCCUUUUCGUCACCUUCCGACAAUGAAUGGAAAUCUGAUGGUGGUCCUCAGGCCGGAUCCCUUAACCUCCCAAGCACGGGAGCGGCCAACAGAAACCAAGAUGUCUCUGAUACCCCGGGAAACGACAUGCUCGCUCUGCAACAGAUGCUGCAAGGUUUCGAGUGGGGUAUGGAUGCAGACUUCCAGAAACACCAAAUCGCAGCCCUCCAGCAAGAGCUCGGCAGUACCUUUCUCGCGGCUCUGCAAAACCACGCCUGGAACCAGCCGCAAAUGAACGCCGCUGUUCCACGCACAGGUACAAACAUCAGCGAGUCCACUCGACUGUCUCCCGAGUCCUUGACGAGGGCUAACAGCCAGCCACUUGUGGGCGCUCGUCAUCCUAUUACAUAG